AUGCAACUCUAUGAGAAAUCGCUUACUACCGACCUGGAAAAUAACUACGUCAAGCCCGUUACUUUCCAAUACCCACAACCUGAAUUACUUUGGUACCUCCCACAUCACCCUGUAACUAAUCCAAACAAGCCCGGAAAGGUACGCAGAGUGGCCAACGCCGCCUCAACGUACAAAGGCGUCUCGCUGAACUCUUGCCUCGAAACUGGACCUGACCUCCUGAACAACAUGUUUGGACUUCUACUUCGAUUCCGGGAAAAACCUGUGGCUGUAUCAGCGGAUAAUGAAGGUAUGUUUAUGCAAAUAGGUAUUAAAGAUGAAGAUCAAAAUGCGCUUCGCUUCCUUUGGCCUACUAAAAAUGGUAUCAAACAAAACCAAUACACGCGACUUAUCUUUGGUGCAAAAUGCUCACCAUCCAUUGCCAUCUUUGCGCUUCAUCAAACAGCUGCCGUUUACUGCAUAACCAAACCCAGUAUUGCUCAACUGCUUCACAAAAGCUUUUACAUGGACGACUUCGUUCACUCGUUCAACACGACACACGAGGCUAGAGACUCUACUACGCAACUAAAAUCCUCCCUAAGACAGGGGGGAUUCAACCUAACUAAGUUCGUAUCUAACACUAAUGACGCGAUCUACUCCAUUGAUGGAGGCGAAGUUUCUACUAAUGCUACAGUGCAUCGUGUUCUGGGUGUCAAAUGGGACACAACUGACGAUACGAUGUUCGUGCAACCAACAACCAAGCUAAAUAAUACUACAUCAUCUACACUCCGAACAGUUCUCUCUACAGUAGCAAGGGUUUUCGACCCCUUAGGCAUCCUAGCGGCGUUUGUCAUAAAACUCAAAAUUCUUCUGCAAAACUUGUGGAAGUCUGGUAUCUCUUGGGACGAAACUGUGCCCAGUGACUUUGUUCCGAUAAUUGACAAAUGGGUUGACCAAUGCAAACAAGUACCCCCUGUUAGACUGCCGCGCUUACUUGGUCCACAGCUGUCACCUAGUGAUAUACAGCUUCAUAUUUUCUGCGACGCGUCGCAAGACGCAAUGGCUACGUGCAUCUACUUCCGAACUGCUUGUAGCUCUGGCAUACACGCUACUUUCUUGAUUGGCAGAACAAAGGUAGCACCACUGAAUCAAGAGAGCAUUCCUAAACUGGAAUUACAAGCCGGCCCUUAUGGGUGCUCGGCUAUGCAAGUUCGCUACUGA